AUGAAAUACGGUAACUAUGGUAAGAUGCCUGGAAAAAUUGAUUUGGCUUGCAUAAAGCAAAAAAAGCCUUCAGCAAAGCAAAAAAGAGAACUCUCACAACUUCGAGAAAUCUUCUCAAAUUUAUCUAUUGAACAAAUUGAAUCUACUUAUAAUGAUCAAAAAUGUAAUUUCGAGUCUUAACUUAUUAACCAUCACGUUUAACGUCUCCUACGGGGUUGCUCUUCCAGGACUACCACCACGCUCUCGUCGCUCGGGGCCCACUAGUUGCUGGGACAACUAGCUUUGAUCUCCAACGCGCGCGCUCCUGCGCGAUGUUCCGGCUUCGACGGCUCACGAUUGAGCUACUUUCUCUGUAACGAGGGUUGUCUGCUGGGAAAUUCCAAAAAAUGGUAUUUUCUGGCCGACUUUCGGCAAAAGAGAAAACUUGUAGCCCGGAGCGAAACUCCCGGUUUCUCGCUAGAGAUUUGCCCGAAUGGCCUAGGGAUUACCUGUAGGCGCUGCUGGGCUUCUCCUUUCCAACUCCAAGCCUCCUCUUCCCUCGAGGUAAAAUCCUAACCCGAGAACGGACUGGGAUCAGGCUCUGUACACUGCCAGAAUUGCUUGCCUGAUAUUGCUGUCCGUCUCUAGCUAGGCAAAACCUUGCCGGAUAUAAUUAAAUAGGGCUCGAAACUGUCUGGCCGAGAGGCCAGACCCAAGUUGAGACGCCAUAUUUAAUUAUAUGUAAUUUCGAGUCAACUUUAGAAAUUCUACAGACAGUUCAAAGUCCUCAAGAGCAAGCAAUGGACUUUUUACAAGGCAUGUUUGGUCAGAACAGUGCUGAAAUGAUCCAAGAAGUUUACCAAUCCUGUGAAGAAAACAUCGAGAAAACGACAGCAUUUCUUAUUGAAGCUAACAAAGAAAUGCUAGUUGAAGGGAAUAAAGAAGAAGAGGCACCUGAAGAAGAAAACGAGUUUGGAAAUAGCGCGAUUGGGUAUGUUAAUAGUCAAGCAUUGAGACGUAGACUAGACGCUGAAGGGCUUGAAAUGAUAUAUGGCAUUUUCCCGAAUAUGGCUCGUGAGGUUAUUAAUAAAACUUUUUAUGGCAACAAUGGGAAUUUUUAUGAGACUGUAAGAAUUUUAAAUGAAUCCUAUCCAAACAGCCACAUUCCUGAAGAACGCAAAAACUCGCCUUCAUCUAAAUCUGCUAAGCCUAAAGACCAAGCCUUCCCAAGCCUAUGCACUCUUCCUAAAUCCAAAACCCCUCAGGGUGUUUGAUCCCAGUUCUCUAAUAACCAUUUUUUAGAUGGCAACAACCUUGAUGCAGUCCGGAAGCUAAAUCUCGUCCUCAAAUGCUUCCCAGCUGUUGAUGAAGAACUAAUAAAAGAAACUUUUUUUCAAUGCGGAGAUGACUACAAAGAAACGGUCGCCACCCUAAAAAUCCUUUUUCCUGAUAACUAUAGAGACCCUCCUCCUGACACUGGGGUUAUCAGGAUAACCCAGCAGUCAUCUCCAAGCAGAAUUAGCCGUGGCGAUACUGAAAAUGUCAGGAUUGUAUAUGGAGAAAGAAUGAGAGACGAAGAAUAUAAUGAAAAAAUCGAAGCUGUGAAUAGAUGGUCCAUGUCAAAUGACAGUGGAUUUUUGAUAGAGUGCAUUUCAUCGUCGAAAAUUUUUUAAAUAAAGGCGAAUUUAACGGUUUUUUCGGUCAAAUGUCCCAUUAUCAAAAAGUUUCAACCAAUUUUAGACCAAAAGUACUUUAAAAUACACUAUCAAAAAAACAUUAUCAUUGGACCUGCACCGAAUAGAUAUAGGAAGCUACAAGAAGCAUAUUUUCAAGGAGCAGGAAAAGCAGCGUCUGUUGGAAACUGGAAUGAAGCAAAAAGGCUCAGCAGUGAAGGGAAAAAAUACCAAGACGCCUUUGAAAAAGUUUAUAAUGAAACUUAUAUGGAAACUUUUAGAAGGAUUAAUAAUAGGCCAGGCGUUAUUGAUUUGCAUGGACUGAGGGUAAAAGAAGCGAUUGAGCUACUGGAAGCUUUUUUGCAUGAGUCACAAGAGGAUGGGCUUAAAAGAGUUGAAGUGGUCACUGGGAAAGGGAUGCACUCCACUCAUGGAAUUGCUAAAAUAAAGCCUGCAGUCGCAGAAUACCUUAAAGAAAAAGGCUAUAAAGCAAGUGAUCUAGAAGGAGGAUACUCCGUUUCGCUUAGCUAA